GUCUGAAGGGGCGCGGGGUCUGGACCCCUGGAUCCCUGUUGAGCUAGGAGGCUAUUGACUCGUGCUUCCUCUGGGAGAGGGGCCGGGGACUCGCAUGCCCGGUUUCCCGAGGAAGGAGUAUCAGGUCCGCUUCUAGGGCAGAGAGAUGUUGGGAGCCUGGAUGUGCGUCUCCAGGGAGUGAUGCCCGGCGACCCCUGCCAGGCCUCAGAUCUGGGAGAUCUGGGAGGUGGGAUUUUUCACGGAAGUGGAGGGGGGGCUCAGAGGGGCGCCCUCCUCCCCCUUCCUCAGUUUCCACGACGCUGGUGGAAACUUGGGUCAGAGGGGAAAGUGCAGAGCAAAAGGAAGGAAACGGCGGAGGCGGCCGCCGCACCCGAAAUUUUAGAUUGGCUUUGGAGUUCUCAGGCGGCAUCGUGUGCCAGUUUUUCCGCGCGGGAGGGCGCCCAAAUCCACUCCUCCGCGCCCUCGGGUGACUUAAGGACCCCGGAUUACUUCCCCUCCCCCGCAGUGAGCCGGAGUGAGCGCAGCCACUGCCCGUCGCAGACCGUGAAGAAGCUCCUGGAAGAACAGAGGCGCCGCCAGCAGCAGCCUGACGCUGGUGGGGCACCGGGACAGUUCCCGCCUCCCCUGGCCCAGCCCCUGACUCCAUCUGUGAAUGAGGGUGAGGCCGGCCAUACCCACUUCCCAGCUCACCAGGAGACCGUGGCGUCUGGACUUGGCAGCCUGGCACCCCCCACGGGCUUUCCGGACUGGGACCCCACCACACAUGCUGCCUACACAGACAGCCCCUACUCUUACCCUGCUGCUGCUGCUGACGGUUUCCUGACUCCUGACUUCUACCCGCCUUCGGACCCAGGGCGGCCGUGUCCAUUUCCCCUGGGGAUGGAGGACCCCCUGGAUACCCGGCUCUAUGCAGAACCGUCCCUGCCACAGGCGGGAUCCUGGAGAGGUUCCGGACUCCCCUCAGGACCCCCACAGUUGCCCCCUGUGGUCACUGGACCAUCGCUGGACGCAGCCCGUGCUCACAUGCUGGCUUUGGGGCCCCAACAGCUGCUGGCCCAGGAUGAGGAGGGAGACACGCUCCUGCACCUGUUUGCAGCUCGCGGCCUGCGCUGGGCAGCGUAUGCUGCAGCUGAGAUGCUCCAAGUGUACAGACAUCUGGACAUUCGUGAGCACAAGGGCAAGACUCCUCUCCUGGUGGCUGCUGCCGCCAACCAGCCCCUGAUUGUGGAGGAUCUGCUGAACUUGGGGGCGGAGCCCAAUGCCACUGACCAUCAGGGACGCUCUGUCUUGCACGUGGCUGCUACCUAUGGGCUCCCAGGAGUCCUCUCGGCUGUGAUUAACUCAGGCGUUCGGGUUGACCUAGAAGCCAGAGACUUCGAGGGCCUCACACCCCUCCACACAGCCAUCCUGGCCCUCAACAUGGCUAUGCACCCACCCGACCUGUGUCCCCGCGUGCUGAGUACCCAGGCCCGAGACAGGCUGGCCUGCGUCCAGAUGUUGCUGCACAUGGGCGCGGAUCACACCAGCCAGGAGAUCAAGAGCAACAAGACAGUUCUGCACUUGGCCGUGCAGGCUGCCAACCCUACCCUGGUUCAGCUGCUGCUGGAGCUGCCACGGGGAGACCUGCGGGCUUUUGUCAACAUGAAGGCCCAUGGGAACACAGCCCUCCACAUGGCAGCCGCCCUGCCCUCUGGGCCGCCCCAGGAGGCCAUCGUGCGGCGCCUGCUGGCAGCUGGGGCGGAUCCAACCCUGCGCAACCUGGAGAACGAGCAGCCUGUCCACCUGCUGCGGCCCGGGCCGGGCCCCGAGGGGCUCCGGCAGCUACUGAAGAGGAGCCGUGUGGCACCCCCAGGCCUGUCCUCUUAGGACGCAAACCCAGACCCUGGACUGAUUUUCCAGUCCCCACCGUCCUGUGGGACAGCCAGCGUAUGCUAAUGUUGCAAACCCGUGAUAAUGUAUGUGGAAUGUCCUGCCAUUGGGGUCUUACAUUAAAACCCCAAAAUGGCUGCUGGGGGGGGUAAACAGGCCCCAAUAUUUGGGGUGGUGUGAUACCCCCUCCCCUACCCACAAGGAGCCCCCUUAAUGAUUUCUGUGAAAUCGAGGCCCCUUGAUUGUUUCUGUGAAACACCCUGGACCCCUAACCCUUUCCCCACCGGGAUCUUUAGGGGUCCCCUCCUCUAAUUUAGCUCUUCACACCUGGAACCCCAGAUGUAAUGCCCCUACAUGGUACUUGGGGCAUCUCAAAACAGCUCCCAGUACCAUCCCUGUAGACCCCCAACCUCCCCAGGACCCACCCCCGCAGGUCCUUAACCCUGAGACAUAGGAAGGACUCUCCUUGCUGAGAGUCCCCUAGGUCCUCCUGCUUUCUAAGUCAGAGCUCACCCGGGCCCUGUCCCAGACCUCUGUUUUGGUGAAUCCCUCCCCUGUCUGAAACUCCCUAUUAAACUCAAUUUGGACUAGAA